AAAUCUCUCCGUCUACCACCCCUAUUCCAUCUCUCCUCCGCUGCAACUGCUCCAAUGGAAAACGCCGUGCCUCCGAACUCGAACACCGGUCCCGUCACCGCCACCGGUGACGAUAACGCCACCUCCAUCACGGACUUCUCCCUUCCCCCGAUAACCCUCCAGAAGCUCCCCCACCUUUCGGACUACGUCCCUAACCUCACCACCCUCACCAGCCCCAUCGAUCGCAGCCCCUUCUACCACCCCUUCCCCGGCUUCUACCUUUCCCCCUCCGACAUCAUCCUCCGCCAUAUCCUCUUCGAUCUCUCCUCCGCUGCCUCCGACGGUGGCGGCCGCCUCCUCGCCUACCACCGCGCUGGGCCGCGGCAGACCAUCCACUUCGACCCGGACACCGUCCGAGCGGCGAUCGUCACCUGCGGCGGUCUCUGCCCGGGUCUCAACACCGUGAUACGGGAGCUGGUGGUGGGGCUCUGGGACCUCUAUGGGGUGCGCCAGAUCUUCGGUGUGCCGUCCGGCUACCGCGGAUUCUACUCGAUGGAACCGAUGAAGUUGGAUCCCAAGAUGGUGCACAACUGGCACAAGAGGGGCGGGACGGUCCUCACGACAUCCAGAGGUGGCUUCGAUCUUGAGAAAAUUGUGGAUGCGAUCGAGCAGCGUGGGUUUAACCAGCUAUAUGUCAUUGGCGGGGAUGGAACUAUGAGGGGUGCUGUAAAAAUCUUUAGAGAGAUCCAACGCCGCAAACUAAACAUAUCCAUAACUGGGAUCCCCAAAACAGUUGACAAUGAUAUUGGCAUCAUAGACAGGUCAUUCGGGUUCCAGACUGCAGUGGAGAUGGCACAGGAAGCAAUCGAUGCUGCUCAUGUGGAGUCUGACAGUGCUGUGAAUGGCAUUGGACUUGUCAAACUAAUGGGCAGGAGCACAGGGCACAUUGCACUCCAUGCAACAUUAAGCAGUCGUGUUGUGGAUUGUUGUUUGAUCCCUGAGAAUGAUUUCUACUUGGAGGGUAAAGGUGGGCUAUUCGAAUUCCUUGAUCAGAGGCUAAAACAGAAUGGGCAUGCUGUGAUCGUGGUAGCUGAGGGGGCUGGGCAAGAUAUGAUACCAAGAACUGAUAAACAGAAAGAAGAGAAGGAUGAGUCUGGCAAUCCUGUGUUUUUGGAUGUGGGACCAUGGUUGAAGUCUGAGCUGAAGAAGUGGUGGGAACAUGACCACCCUGGAGAGCUGUUCACGGUGAAAUAUAUAGACCCUACAUACAUGAUACGAGCAGUUCCAGCAAAUGCCACUGACAACUUAUAUUGUACCAUAUUGGCACAUUCUGCAAUCCAUGGAGUCAUGGCUGGCUACACCGGGUUUGUACCAGGUCCCAUAAAUGGCAAUUAUGCCUACAUUCCAAUGGAGGAGGUUGCGGUUUCCCGAAACGUGGUGGAUACGAAGGAUCAUAAAUGGGCAUGGGUCAGAUCGGUGACAAGUCAGCCAGAUUUUCAGAAAUGCUAGAACCAAGGUGCCUGGAAAAAAUGUGAGAGCUUUCUUAAGCCCUUUUGUCUGUUGUUUUGAGGAAUCCAUAUUGGACUGGAGUCUGACAUAGUCAUGAAGCAUGAUCCAUUACUUUUGGGAUGGUGAUUGCUUAAAGGGUAUUCUGUUUGUUCUCAAUCUAUGACUUAUUCUACUAGCAGUUUAUGCAGAUAAGACAAACUUUUAAGCUACUGUAUAACUUUUUUGGAUUUUCAUCGCUUAAAAAGCAUUCUGUUUGUUCUCUUUCUAUGACUUACUCUACUAGAACAUUUUAAGCUACUGUAGGGUAUCUUAUAGCUAAUUCCGCCUGGUGAAAAUCUUUGUGCGCUGCUUACUGAGGAGGGGAAUAAAAUGAUGUUUGUGGG